AUGUCUACCGACCUGAAACCCCUGCGCAUCGUCAUGGCCUGCGACGAGGCCGGUGUACCUUACAAAGAUGCUAUCAAGGCUAUUCUGGAGAAAAACCCUCUGGUCGAGUCCAUAGUCGAUGUCGGUGUUAACUCUGUUUCUGACAAGACUGCCUAUCCUCAUCCAGCAGUUGAAGGGGCAAGGCUGAUCAAGGAAGGCAAAGCAGAACGUGGUCUUUUCAUCUGUGGCACCGGUCUUGGUGUUGCCAUUGCCGCCAAUAAAGUCCCUGGUAUUCGAGCUGUCACUGCUCACGAUCCAUUCUCCGUCGAGCGCUCCAUCCUGAGUAAUGAUGCUCAAGUCCUCUGCAUGGGACAACGAGUUAUCGGUGUUGAGUUGGCGAAGAAGCUCGCUACUGACUGGCUCAACUACCGCUUUGACCCUAAGAGCGCCUCUGCUGCUAAGGUGCAGGCUAUCUGUGACUAUGAGACUCAGUUCUCUGUGGUCGCUUAA